GACAGCAUUCUGCUUGAAAAGCUGAACAGAAUACUCAGCUUAAUCUGACAACACUGAGCAACAAAAACAUUAACCUUAUCAACCAAGCCAAAAUCAGAAUAAUUAUUUUUUUGAGAACGAUGGAGAACGCAGAAACUCAGGAUAUGAUAGAAUGUCCAUAUGAUAAACAUCACCAGAUAUUGAGGACGCGGAUGCAGGUGCAUUUAUCACGCUGCAGGCGAAAUCACACCAAUUUGAAAAAAACUACAUGUCCGUUUAACGUGACACACGUACUAAAUGAACCAGAACUUGAGUUUCACGUUAGUGUUUGUACUGAACGGAAAUCGCUUGAACAUUUUAGAAAUGUAGUAAAUGCCCCAACAAAACCAACUAUACCUCCUCCUAUGCCUGUUUAUGAAAGUGAAGAAACUUGGGACGAUGACGAAACACCAUCUUAUAAUCCCCAACAUUAUGCCGCUAACUCCAACGUCUUACGUUCCAUACAAGGAGCUUCACCAGCACAGAGAAAAGCAUUUCGCAAACAAGAACGAUUGCGACUGCUUGGCAUUGAUAACAAUUAGCAUCAUUUUAUAACUGUUUUAAUUUUGGAUGUGAUUUGUAUAUGUUUGUCGAUUUUAAAUGCAGAAUAUAUGUUUACCUUUAUUUUUAUAUAAAUUUUCCUAUAUUUCAAUUAUUAUACAUAUAGUU